UUUGUGAAAUUAGAGGGGAAGUUAUCAAUAAUUUCGAAAAUUAUUGUAUUUAGAUUUUAGAAUUUAAUUGUGAAUUAUUUACGAAUUUUGUGAAGACGUAUUAAAUAAUUUUGCGUAUUUAGAGGUGAAAUUAUCAAUUAAUGUGGAAAUUAGAGUUACUACCUAAAUGUAAAAAUUAGUAACAAUCAAUAUUUAUUUGGCUUUUCGUGUAAUAUUGAUAUUGAAUUUUUCACUCUUCAGAGGUAACGAUGAAUGAUCGAAUUGUAAUUCUCUGUUCUUAUGAUGGGAAGAUUAAUUACCUCGAGAAUAAUAUGCCCGUUUAUGAAGGAGGCACGACGAGACCGUUGUUCAUAACAAAAUCGUGUACUUUCGAUGAUUUGGUUAAUGAAUUACACAAACUUACAUUAACUAACUCACGUGAGUAUCACCUCAGUGUGGUUUGCAAUUAUCCUGUUGUGGAGAACAGAACAAGUGGCAUUCAAAUAUCAAGUGACUACGAUAUGGGUCUCAUUCAUGUCUUACACGACGAGAAGCGUUCGGUCGAAUUGUUCAUUGAAAAACAUCAGAGAGAUUUGGGCAAAUCGUUGAACUACGAAGGAAUGUAUUCCCGCAUGUUGGAGGAUCCUGAAGUUGAUUCUGUAGGCUUUUUAUCUCCUCAACAAGAUGAAUGUUGGACACAAUCACAAUACAUGAGCGGUCCUUCGUUCGUGGGCACUUCGAAUGCUUUCGAUACUAACACGGGAAUUCAAGAAGAUAAUGCAAGUGUUGAAUCCGAGAAUGAUGAAGAGGAGGGAUUACAAAUUAAUAGCAUGACCUUGAUAGAUCGUGAUGACGGGGAAAACCAACACAUCGACGGGGCUUAUGUUAAUAAUGAGUAUGUCGGCUUAGAGGAUCCGCCGCCCGAUGAACUUCAAGGAGAUGAAUGGAUUGAUAACUCCGCGAUGGAAAGUGUUCCUAUUGGCACUAAUAGCGGUGUUGAUACACAGGCCGAGGACUUCUCAUUCAUCAAGGGAGAUCUUUACGAGAGUAAGGAGAAAUUGAUCCAUGCUAUUCGCACGUAUUCCAUUGCAAAAAAUGUGAAGUUCAGGCCAACCAAAAAUAAUACUACAAGCUAUAAUGUGGUUUGUUUCUAUCGCAAAGAUGACGAUGUCGAAGAUAAUAGUGGACACCACGACGGCAAUGCGAGGUGUCCGUGGAAGCUUAAUUCACGCUCGGGUUCAAGAGUAGGUGGGCAAUUCAAAAUCACGGCAUACAAUGGACUCCACACUUGUAGCAAUCCUCGAUUAGAGAUGAAUAACAAGAAUGCGUCCUCUUCUUUUAUAUAUCGAUUGAUUUUACCGCAUCUGAGGGAGGAUCUUGAUCUAAGGCCGAAAGAUAUCCGUCUUUUAGUGCAUAAAGCCACCAACUUGGAUGUAUCAUAUCACAAGUGUUGGAAUGCUAGGAGGAAGGCGAUGAUAAAAAUAUUCGGGGAUUGGGAUAAAUCGUAUGAGAUCUUACCUCAUUAUCUUGAAGCACUCAAAAGAGAAAAUCCGGGGACUGUCUACGAAGUAUCUUCGGACCCCGUUGAUGGCGGAGAACGGCGGUUCACCGGUGUAUUUUGGGCAUUUGGGCCCUGUAUUGAGGGGUUUCGUCAUUGCCGUCCUCUUCUUAGCAUUGAUGGAACUCACUUAUAUGGUAAAUACAAAGGCGUUUUGCUUGUUGCAACCGGAGUUGACGCGGAUGGCGGGUUGUUUCCUUUAGCAUUCGCAGUGGUUGAUGUUGAAAAUACAGAGAAUUGGGCUUGGUUUUUUGCAUGCAUUAGAUAUCAUAUCCCUAGUGUGGGGACGCGGCAUAUUACAUUCAUAUCCGAUAGGAUGAAAGGAAUUCCAAGAGCACUCCAACGACAUUUCCCGCCACCACAUGCACAUCGCUAUUGCUUGCGACAUAUUAGAGACAACUUCAAGAAGAAGUAUGGAAACGCUCAGGUUCAAGACUUACUUUGGCAAGCCGGUUGUGCAACAGAAAAAUAUGUUUAUGAACAAAUACGAGAGAGGAUCAAGUUCACUUCACGAGCCGCACAUGAUUGGAUCGAAACUAGUUUGGGUCCAAACAAUGUUGAUAAGUGGGCUUUAUGUGAGGAUGGCGGUCGACGGUUCUGUAUGAUGACUACGAACGCGUCUGAGAGCUUCAAUGGCGUGCUCAGGGGAGCACGCGGCAUGCCAAUACAGGCACUAGUUGCUAAAACUUUUUACAGGCUUAAUAAAUUCUUUGUUCGACGUCGAGAACUUGGUGAAAAUAUGCGCUCCCAGCUAACACCGAAGGUUGAUGAAAUGCUAGCGGCUCGGAUUGUACAAGCUCAGUCCUUUCAGGUUGUACGAUACAGUUUUAAUGAAUGGGAGGUGCUCGAGGGAAUAACCCAUAGAGAAAAUCGCUCUUACAAAGUCAAUAUGUUGGUGGAUCACACUUGUACGUGCACUUGCAAUGUACCGCAACUACAAUUGAUUCCUUGUUCACAUGUUGUAGCAGCUUGCUCCGACCUACAGGGUGGUGCUCGCAUUUCACAUUAUGAAUUUGUCGACGCUUGGUAUUCUGCAUACAACUAUCAACAAACCUACAAAGAGUGUUUUCGUCCACCAUACGAUAGUCGACAUUGGACACAAGAUGGGCCACGGAUAUUACCUCCACUGUAUAAAAGAUCGGCGGGGCGCCCUCGUUCCGUGCGUAUUAGAAAUAGUAUGGAUGACGGACGUGAAGGAGCUAGGAGGAGAAAUAAGUGCAGUAGAUGUGAUCAACCGGGUCACAACAAAAAUAGGUGUCCAGUUAGUAUUAGGCGUUGAUUUGUAUUAUGUAUCGUUUUGCACUAUGUCAUUCGUAGUUGUUAUCUUUGAAGCGUAUGAUACUCGUUAUUUGUAAUAUGUUCUGUAUGCAACUCCGUUCAUUUCACCCAUGCAUUUGUAUUAUGUAGCGUUUUGCACUAUGUCCGAACCAAUUUGUAAUAUGCUAUGUAUGAUACUGUGUUCAUUGCACUUUGUAUAUAUGCUCAUAUUUUAAUCACAGGUCUAUUCAUUAUGGAUCCGGGACCGGAGAAUCCCGACGUUUUGUACCUUCAGGCGAGUCAUUGUUCAGACCAUAUUGGUUCGGGAGAGCCCGUACCAGAGUACACGAUGAUCGAGCAUUCCCAUAGUCAUUCGGCAUGGGUCAUAGAGGAUGAGAGGGUACUAGCUUUGAUCGCUCAGGCCGGUUUUCGACCGUGUUCGACGAUUCGUUAUAUCAGGCUUGAUUGGCCGCUUAUCACUGCUUUGAUUGAGAGGUGGAGGCCAGAGACCAACACCUUUCACAUGCAUAUAGGGGAGUGCACGAUCACUUUACAGGACGUGGCCGUCAUACUUGGGCUCCGGAUUGAUGGACCGGUAGUUACGGGCACCGACGAUCAUAGUUGGCCGGAGGUAUGUGGCCGGCUACUUGGACAGGUUCCCGACUUGAGGAGUGGUGCGAUGAAGCUAUCGUGGCUUCGUC